AUGGGUGGGGGCAUAGGUGGGGGCACGAAACCACCUGGUGGGUGCGAAAAAUGGGGUGGGGGCGUAAAACGUACAUUUACCUGAAAAUUUUGGUUUUAUUUAGAUCGAUGCUCGCAGUUGUCCAACUACCUGAAAAAUUGAAAAAAAAUUAUGAAUUCAAAAUCUCACUGUUUCAAGAAUUUCACAAGUUUUUGAUGGUUUUGUAAAAAUCGUUUGUAAAAUGUCAAUUCUUGAUUUUUUAGAGUUGCUCAAAAUUUCACUGUUUCAAAACUUGCACAUACUGAAAAUCCGAACUUUAAUAUGGUUUUCAAAUCUGCACUUUUUGAAUAAUUCAAUUAUUUUUUCAAAAAAAAAGUCACUGUUUCAAAAUUAUUAUAUUUGCUUUUAAGAAAUGUUGAGUGAAAUCCAACGAAUUAUGUAGUUUCAGAUUUUUCAAGUCAAAGGUUUUUUUUUUGAAUAAAAAAUAGCUCACAAGAAAAUUUACUGUUUCAAAGUUUUUUUGGAGCAUUUUGAAGGUUCUUAUGAUUACUGUAAGGUUCCUAAAGGAUUCGAGAAGCUACAGUUCUUCAAAUUGGAUUACUGUAGAGGUACUGUAUUUGCCAAAUACUACUGUAGCCACAGUACUACAGUACUCUAGAACUUUUUUUCUUCGAUUCUACAUCAAAUUCGAUCUGAAAAAUGGUGACUACAGGAACCCUGGAUUACUGUAGCUCAAUUUUUAUUGGUUUGAAAAAAAAGGACAUUUUAGAAGCUUGAGGAAAAUUUCAAUUUGGAAGCAGUAUUGUAGGGGUACUGUAGAAGGAGUACUGUAGAUACCUGCAUUUCUACAGUAAAAAGAAUUUUGCACUUAACAAUAAUUUUCAAAUUUCAACAUGUACAACUUUUGAAACAGUCAAAUAUUUCUGUGCUUUCAAAAAAUUGUUUUAUUGUUGAGUUGUUAGCCCAUCCCCUUCCCCUUUUCUAUCUAUUUUUCGCAGCGCACAGUGUGUAUUUACUCUCCAAAUCGAUGGACAUUCACCUGACCUAUCUAUCUAUCUGCCCUCUUAACAUCUGCUAACUUUAUGUAUGCUUUCUCCGCCUUCUUGUUUGCUGAGUUUGUUGAGAAAGUGCCAGAAUAUUAUCAUAAUUUCUCUAUUUUUUUCUAUUUACCUCGGUCUACUUUCUCAAUAUGCCUGGCAUUCCGUGACACAAUAAACAAGUUUUUGCAGAAAUCGUUGAAGAUAUGGAGAUAAAUGAAAAAACGCAAGAACCGAUCGUCCUGAUGAAAAAAAUGUUGAUUAGAUUACUAAGAAGUACGAAAGAAAAGAUAGAAGCCGAAAAGAAGUUAGUCUUUUUUAUUAUAAUUAUGUUAAUUUAUAUUUUUUUUAUUUCAAACCUUAACAUCCUUAACUAUGUAUCUACCUUAAAACGUAAAAUGGGUGAUUUACGGUUCUAAAAAAAUCCCGUGAAAUUCGUAAAAUUUUGUCACUGAACCUUUUCACAGAAAAAUACCAAAAUAUUUCUUUGAAAAUUGGGAGUUGGUAACUUACCGUAACUCCAACAUAAUUUUAACAAUAUUAUUCUCUAUAUCCAUCAAAAAUAAAAUGAUUAGGAUUCAAUCAAAAUUUUAUUUGAAAAAUUUUUAGGAUUUUUUUUUUAAAUUUUCAAUUCGAUUCUCUCAAAAUUCAUUAUAAUAAGUGCUAUUUUCGUAAAAUUAUUUUACGAUUUUUUUUCAGCGUAAAACCGUAAAAUGGAUUUUACGGCGAAAAGGGGGGUAAGACCACAAAAAAAUCUUGUCCCAAAGUUAAAGGCCCCCCCCCGUAAUUUUCUGCCACGAAAAAUAAUUUUUAUUUUUUUCGCAGAACAUACGAAGUGGUAUUCAAUGAAAUUGCCGAGUCAGCAAAAAUCGAUGGAAACUAUCAAGCAUUACUAGAGAAGAGUAUAAGAUUGAAAAAAGAAUUUGAUGAGAAAACAGACGUGCGGACGUUUGACCUGCUGCACAAAACAUUAUUAUCGAUUGAGAACGAAGUGGAGUUUAAAGAGUUGAUGAUUGAAAUGACACCACCAAUUUGUGACCGUGUUUUAAUCAAAAAUGUAAGCAGAGCAAGUGAGAUUUUUUGAGAACUCGAAUUUGAGACUGUGAAGUUAUAGGAACUCGAGGAGGUUAUAAAAUGAUUGUUUGUAGUUUGAACUUCCGGCAUUAAAUUUUUGGCUGAAAAUUUGGAGGAAAAAAUUGACCUGGAAUUGAAUUUAGGAUUUUUUUUUCGAAUUUCAAACUAGACUCUAGUUUUGCGUUUCUGUUUUGGCGCUACAAAAAUCACAAAUUUUGGAGGGAAAAUUUGAAAUUUAAUUUUUUUUUUGUUUUGAGAAAAAUGGCGCGAAAAAUCAAAACCUGGAGGAGUGGGUAAAAAAUUGCCCGCCUAAGGAAUUUUUUCCAAAACCAUACCUCAUCCCAGGGGCGGGCUUGGAACUCAAUGGAAGCCUAGGGGUUUGGCAUGGCCGCGUCGCGGCAUUUUCCAGCUUUGACUCUUACAAGGGGACCUUUUUUACUCAACACUUCAAACCUUGAUGAAAUUUUGUCCAAAGACAGAUUUUGGGGUCAUAAGAACACCCUAAAAAUUUUAAAAUGGACCUCUGAGCCAAGUUAAGGCCUCUCAAAAGUUCAAAAAUUGCCAAAAUUGGCUCAUAAAACACGUCAUAACUCAAUUCUCGAUCAAUUUUAUGAAAAACUGAAUAGCAGAUGAUGAUCAGCGUGGUCGAUUUACCCAAAAAACAUUUUAAAAAAAAUCGAAUUUUCAGAAAAAAUUUUGAUUUUGGAAAAAAAAAUUUAAAAAAAAAAAAAAAAAAAAAAUUUGAAAAAAUGUUUUUUAUAAGUGUAUUUUGAGUGAAUCGACUAUGCUGAUCAAUAUCUGAAACUUUUUUUUCAUGAAAAUUAUUUUGAAAUGGAGCUAUGAUGACUUUUGAGAGCCCAGAACUUGGCUCAGAGGUCCAUUGGGUAACUUAAAUUUUCCGGACCCCAAAAGCUGUCUAUGAACAAAAUUUCAUCAAGAUUUGAAGAAAACACGAAUUCAAAAACACAAAAACACUUUGAGACCCCCAAAAAAUGUUCUUGUAUUUUUUGCAGUUGCCCUUCAAUAUCGAAACCGAAAAAAUCAAGAAAGUGUUCAGCAAUGCUGGCAAAAUCACUUGGUUGAAUUUGCGAAUUGACGAAAAAGACGAAUCAAAAGGAAUCUGCGAUUUGCGAUAUUCGCAUCCAAAUGAGGCCGUGCAAGCUGUUGCUAUGUUGAAUGGACAAAUAUUUUAUGAUCGAAAACUUGUGGUGAGAAUGAAUCGAAUCGAGAAAAAUGAUGAGCAAAGUGGUGGUGGCAGAAUUAUUGAAGAGAGAGAUGUGAGCAGAAGUUUUUGAAAAUAUCCACAGAAUUUCACAUUUUCAGCCAAAUUCUACUUCUACAAAUCCCAAUUCAUGGGAAACACUGCGCAAUCGAAUUCGUCAAAUCGGCGACCUCAAAUUUAUUGAUAAGAUCUCAAAAAUCCCAUUUUAA